AGUUGAAAUUGAGCUCAGUGACUGGAAACUGCAUCAUGAGAUCGUGUACUUUACUUGUUUUCAUAGUGAGCACGCUGUUGUUUGCCGUGACAAAUGCGCAGCAGAAUUAUGAUGGAAGAAAUGGUCCCCAUGAGUUCGGCACACCUGGAAACGGCAUUUACAUACGGGGUCAGAACGAAGGACCCUACACAGUGCCCGAAAUGGGAGGAACGUUCCAAAACUCACCCUCAAGUGGGCAGCAUUCCUACACCGAUGAGCACGGAAAUACUUACACCCAUUCCUCAACGGCAACUGUCACAAGUUUGGCCUAUUCAACCUUCGGUUUCAGCAUGGGCGGCGUUCUCAUUUUUCUAAUUAGUUUAAUAACCAUUUAAUUGCACUUUCCAAGUGCAAAAGUUCCAAUUAAUUAAUUUUUAACACAUCGUUUUUCAGUUCACGCCCACGAAAAUCUAUUGCUGAAACUGCAUAGAUGAGAAUAACCAUUUUCCUUCUAAGUAUUAUGCACUAUUAUUUAUUCGCUAUUUCUUUUGUUCACCUUAUACACAAAUUAUUUAGCUAUUAAACAGAAGUACAAC